CCGAACAAUCGAUACGUCACUAAUAUCCCUGGCUACCUAUUUAUUUAGAUAUGGCGGCAUUCAGUUAACAUAAAUGAAUCUUAGGAUUACACUGGAAAAUGGAGAUACAUAUAUGUCAGGGAUGGGAUUAAGCAAUGUCUGAAACUGAUAUUUUUCUUUUAUUGAAGUGCCAAUCACAACCAGCCUUAACUUUUAUGUGCAAUAAUCAUGACAAAGAGAUUCAAUUCACGUCGUGUUGGAAACACAACAAUCAAAACAUUAGAAAAACAACCAAUCAAAUUUGCUGCCGCCAUAUGUCCUCUUAAUUUAGAAGAGCAAAAAGAGAGGUUCUUGAAGUUUGGGAAACUACCAAAAUUUGUUUUAAAAGGUUCAGAAGACGAGAUCGAAAAUUUAUUCAACAAAGCUCGUAAUCAGAUACGAUUUGACCUUUUUGGUGAAGCUGAGUACAUUUUGAAAACUGUUAAAGAGAAAUAUGGUGAUGGUGAUAAUUACCUUGCAGCACAGUUUGGUGAUAAGAUUACCAAAGAGGAGGCAACUCAAAUACUGGAACAAUAUCUUAGGGAGAACAAUCUAGAUGGUGCUAUGAGUAUUGUUUGGUGUGCUGAUUUAGCUUCAAGUGCUCGUAUGAUGUGGAUUGGACCCCAUUGUAAACACAAUAGACCAGAGGCCCGAAACUACUCAUUCUGGAUUAAGAAUUCCACAGACAACAACUUUUUAAGGGAACAGGGUAUACGAUGUCUAGCAGACCAUGAAAUAGGAACACAUUUUUUUCGAUCAUUUAAUGAUGGCCUACAACCUUGGUAUAGUGACCGGAAAAGAUUUGAUCUCCGAGGAAGAAAUUGUUUAGAAGAAUUACGAGCAGAAGAAGGCCUUGCUGCAAUAAACACUAUAUUAAAUGCAAAAACCAGGUUCCUUUGGGGUCCGUCUCUUUUAUACUACACAGCUUGUAAAGCAGCAGAGAUGACAUUUAAACAAUUGUAUGAUCACCUGACCAUUUAUGUCAAAAGUCCUGAACAUCGCUGGAGACUUUGUAUGAGAGUCAAACGGGGACUCCUAGAUCCUAAUGACUUAGGAGGCUAUGGAAAAGAUCAGUGCUAUUUUGAAGGAGCUGUUGAAAUUCUGAGAAGUUUGGACAUGAUAGAUUUUAACGUAAUGAUGAGUGGAAAAAUUUGUGUUGAUGAAGUUCAAAGAUGCAAACGCAUAGCUCGCUUAGACUGUCUAAAAUUACCAGCAUUCAUGAAAAACGAAAAUCGUUACAAAAAACAUUUGAAAGCCAUUGCCCAUUUAAAUGGGCUUGAUUUACACCAUCAGAAAAAAAAUGCGCCAGCAGCCUACAUUAGGCGCCUUAAACAAGGAAGAAGAAUAGGUACUGAUAAGGUGAGACACAUUCGUAGAAGACGUUUUAAAGGGGUCAAAACAGGUAGUCCCACAGGUAGUCUGUCCACGGAUUCUGCCGGUAGUGAAUAUGAGGACUAUUGUUAUGGCAGUAGUGAUUCAAGGGAAGGGGGAAGUCAAGUUGAUUACACGCCCGUAGAAAAAAUAAGCCAGCAACCCAACACAAAAGACCCAAGGGUUGAUAGUGGUUUUGUAUCUCAUUGUAGUAACCCUAAUGAUAAAGCUGAUACCAUUUCUUUAAAAUCUUUUGAUUCUUCGUCGGUCAAAUCAUUUAAAUCUUUAAAAUCAGAAAUAUCUGUAAAUUCAGAAAUUUCAGGGAAAUCAAAAAGGUCAUCAGACUUGUCAAACAUCUCUUUGAGAUCUCAAAAGUCUGAAACUAAGUCUAGUACCUCAGUGGCCUCUCAGAAGACAUUUACCUCAAAUUCGUCAGUUAAAUUAAAGUCACCUGUGAACAAGGUCAUAAAGAAUGAUCUAGAAAAUAUUUCACAAAAAUCUACUGCACAGGUGUCUAGUAAUUUGUCAAAUAAUAAUAAUGCAUGGACUACACCACGAAGAAAAGACAUGCUGCCACCUCUCUUGGACCUCACAGAAGAACAAAAAUCUUGGAUGUCCACAACAAACGGAACAUUACAUCUCAGCAAACAACCAUUACCUUCAGCUUUCAAUCAUAACGUGUGUACAACUAUUAUAUCUGGUGAAGAUUCAGGAGAACAUUCAUCCAAUGAGAAAGGAGAUAAAAGGUCAAGGUCAGCUAGAACAAUGGAUGAUGGUGAUUUGAGUGAUAUCAUCAAACAUAAGAGUGAAAAGUCUGAGGUAAUGCUUCAAAAAGUGCUAAAUGACAGUCAUGGUGUGGACUUUUCUUCAUUAACAAACUCUGGUGUGAUUAGGACUAAAUCUUUGUCAGCCAAUCAGAACUCUGUAUUUCAUUCUCCUCCUGAAGAUUCUUCUCAAAAUGGACAAAAUGUUAUGGAAUAUGGACCAGAAAAAUUUAUAUAUCCAGAUCUGACUACUUAUUUUGAUUCAGAUUUUAAAACUUUUGAAAGUCCAUUUUUUCAAUUAACCCAGAAUAAGUCAAAAGAAAAUACAAACUUGCUUGCUAAAAGAAGAACGAAAUCUGCAUGUAGCAGACGCACAAACAAUUUACCAUAGUGUAAGAUGUAACAAAUGUGUAUGAAUGCCAUAGUUAUAAAGUAUAGAUUGAAGUAUUAUACUCAAAUACUGAUUUGAAUUAUUAUGCUAUUAUUCCUUUUGAGUUGAUAAUUUUGAUCGGUCAAUAUAUUUUUCUAAACAUUUCAGCAUUAUUAUCUUCUUUAAAAAAAACAAUUUCAUCAUAUCAGCGUUGCCUCUGUAUUAUUACUAAAUUUCAGAAACUUGAAAUGUUGUUAUUGUGAGUAUUUCUUCUUUUUUUAAAUUUGGCGAUAGAGUUCAUUAUUAUAAUUCAUAAAAAGAAUUCUUAGAUUUCAGUAGAACUGAAAACUUAAUCAUGGAAAAAUAUUUGAAGGGUUUAUUUUUUUCUUGACUAAUAGAUACUUCCUGAAAUGUUUUUUAAGUAAGUAAACUUUUUUAACUGAAAAUAAAGAUAGAUACUUACUUCUGAGAACCUGUUUUUGAUAUUGUUAGCAUAUAUAUAUUGCAUUUAAAAUAUUAUUUUUAACUUGUUUAUAUUUGCCAUAUUAUUUGUACCAAAGAGCUUUAUUUUAAAGUGCCAUUAUUUUAUACCAGAUGUAUAUUUUUGUAGUGCUAUUUAAGAAAAACUACA